UUACUGAUAGUGAAGUCGUUACUCUCGAACCUUUCGAUAGCUUAUCAAUAUUUAUUAUGAAUGUUGAGGACGAAUUUGAUAUAGGAAUACAGAAAUGUCGCUUUGGAUUGAUUUUAAACAAGGAGGUGUUAACGAAAACAGAAAAGGAAUGCCUUAAUUUUAUAUCAGUUUUAAAUAUUCGAUAUGUUAACCCAGAUAGAAGUACAAUAAUUAAUCUAGUAACCACCAAAUCCAAGGUGUACUCUUAUUUCCUUGAAAAUAAUUUGGCGAUUGAAGAACAAAACGCGCGUCAAUUCUUCGAAUCAGUCCCUUUCAAACCUCUUAAUAUCAUUUCAACAAAAGUUGAAUCUACUUUUCGGGCUAUUUAUUUUGCGAUUUCUAUUCCAAUAGCUGAAAUAAGAUUUGAAGACAUCAAACCAUCUAGUAUAUUAAUUCAAGCUCUGGAAGAAUCUUUGUUGAGCACAAAUCCAUACAUUUUACUGCAAGAAGUCUUCGAAAAAUUUGGUCAUUUAAUUCCUCGUAAAAUAAUUGUUGGAAAAAAAUUAUCCCGUUAUUGUCAGAAAUUUGCAUUAGCGUCAUAUCAUGGACCCUCGGAUCUAUAUAAGAAAAUUUCUUUAUCAGCAGAACCUAGCGAGCAAAUUGACAAACUUCAAUCUAUACUGGAUGAAUGGAAAAAACUACUUUCAGCAGAUAGGUUUGAUUCAACGUACAUUGUGUCUACUGAGGGACGUGCUAUCGAAACCAAACAUGUAAAAAGAUGGAUUUUAAGAGAUUGUCAUCAACUUGAAAUUGUUGAAUAUUCGGAUUUUAUUCCAACAUACACGAUUCUAAAUCCUUUAUUGUGUAAAGAAAUAGAAAAAUGCUUUAAAAAAGAAAGUCAAAUUUUAAUGACUGGAUAUAUUAGUAUUGAAGAUAUCCACACUCAUUAUUAUCGCGUUAAAUUUGACACCCCGUUACAAGCCAAUAACUAUCAAAUUUUUGGUUUUAUUACACGUGAAGACAAUAUAGUAUUGGAGAAAUCAAUUGUUGCAUUCAAGUACUUCACCAAAUUUGGAUUUUCUAUCGUCAUAAAAAGUUUAAAUUACGAGCAAUUAAACGGCGCUAUGAUAUCUUGGAUUAUGAUCGGAAUUCCGUGUGAAGUUGGUUUCUACAGCAAAAAUACUCGGACUAUUGAUGUAUUACAGAUGGAUGCACUGAAUGUUGCAAAAAAUAGCAUCAAUUCAUUUCAAAAAGAUGAUGAAUCCAUUAUCGUUAGAUUACCAUCUCCAACUAAAAUAACAUUUGAAAGUAUAAUUAAUAUACAAAUUGAAUUUUCACAAAAUACCAGUGAAUCUUUUAUAGAAACUCAAUACUUAGAUAAAACUAAUGACGUUAAAAUUAUUAGUCAAAAUGACAACUUUGAUAAUAGUUACCUUAAUGAACUUCGAAUUCAUUAUUUAAUCUUAAGCUUUCCAACAGAUCAGGAAUGGAUCGUUCCAGAUGUUCGAAUGGAUUCAAGGAAAAAACUAGAUAAUUUACGGAAAGAAAAUAUGGGAUAUCGAUUUAGCUUAAAUAAUAACUAG